CUAUCCAAACUCCCUUGUUAUCUUCUCUCUCGUUGGCUUGAUUGACGCUAUGUACCCCCGGCGCAUGUUAUCAGCGUGCACGAGUGUUUUGCUCGUAUGCUUGAUUGCUUUUGUUCUUCAGAUUUUCAUCCACUCACCCAUUUCUCCUGUCCCACUUGAAUUGCCUGACGCAUCACCACCGUCCGAUUACACGAAAAAUGCGCUGCAGUAUCCCAUCAAACAUACGGCUUGGAUAAUUGGAAAGGUUCCCAAUCCAACGGCCCAGUUCAGCCGCUGGUUUUCGAUGCCCAGAUGCGUAUGGAGCCAUGCUAUUUGUUUUGUACACGUCAAAGCUUGUCAGCUUGCGCGGGUGCACGUCAAACCACGUCCGAAUCAGUCAGUGGUUAAACUUGGAGAAGGUGCUCUUAAGGGGCCUGAAGAUGUAUGUGUGGACAAAAGUGGGGCAAUGUACACUGUUACAAGGGACGGUUGGAUUAUGAAAAUGCAUCCAAAUGAGUCGUGGGAGUACUGGAAGAUGGUCGGUGGGCCAGAUUUGCUUGGAUUGGCCAUGUCGAUGGACGGUGAUCUAAUCGUCGCAGACGCCUCGAAGGGGUUGCUAAAGGUUAAUCAAAAUAGUGUGACUAUUCUUGCAUCCGAAGUUGAAGGUUCCAAGAUAAGAUUUGCAGACGAAGCCAUCGAAGCGUCGGAUGGAAGCAUAUACUUCAGCGACGCAAGUACGAAAUUUGAGCUACAUAACUGGUUCCUAGAUGUGUUGGAGGCCAAACCGCACGGCCGUCUCCUCAAGUACGACUCAUCGACGAAGAGAACAACGGUCCUGAUCGACGGUCUGUGUUUCCCCAAUGGAGUUGCACUGUCGCCAGCCGAAGAUUUUCUCAUCGUCUGCGAGACAUGGAGAUUCCGGUGCUUGAAAUACUGGCUGAAGGGGGAAUUAGAGGGGAAACGAGAGCCGUUCAUUGAGAAUCUUCCAGGGGCCCCUGAUAACAUCAAUCUUGCACCUGAUGGAUCCUUCUGGAUUGCCUUGCUGGAGUUGAGAUCUACAGCCCUUGAUUUCGUCUACCGAUCGAGCAUGGCCAAACACGUAGUUGCAACCUUUCCAAAGCUGAUGGAUAUGAUCACACCCGUUAAAAGGAAAGCAACGGUUGUGAAUGUUGGACCGGAUGGGAAGAUCCGCAAAAUGUAUGAUGAUUGGGAUGGUAAGGUGAUGUCCUUCGUCACAUCAGCGUUGGAAUUCAACGGCCAUCUUUACUUGGGUAGCCUACAAACGAACUUUGUAGGAAAACUACCAUUGCAUUGAGAUCUGUUUGAUCAUUGUAAUCCGUCACACGUCUUAUAUAAAGGACUUGGUCCGUUCA